AUGCGGGUGUUUUGGCAGCUUUGGCCGCUCUUUCUUCCUGUCCCUGGGAUCUGCAGUUUCGCCCCUUCCGACAGAUCCGAGCUAAGAGCGGCGCUGCGUCAGUGGCACGAGGCCGAUGAGGCGGCGAAGCAGCAGCUGACCGAGCGCCUCGGGGCACCCGGCACGUGGAACGUCUCCGCGGUCACCAACAUGAGCGGAAUCUUCAAAGGGCUCCGGGACUUCAACGAGGACAUCGGCAGCUGGGAGACCUCCUCCGUCCUGGACAUGACGAAAAUGCUUGCAAGAGGCGCUUGGUCACUGCGAGGGGCCGUGUUUGCCACAGCCGUUUCGGGCUUCCGUGACUGCGCUCGAAGCUGCGAUGCCUCGAAUUGUUCCUCUUUUCUGCUGGAUUCGUCAGGAAGCUGUUGGUUUGAACCAAAAGAUCUCAGGAGAACUGGGGAAGGAUCCACCUUGGCGUUUCUCAGGGCAUCCUGCAGCACCUUCUCCUGCCCUCCGGGAACCCAUCCUCGAGACGACCGUCGUAGUCCCAUCGGGCCCGUGACAGCGGCCUCCUGCUGCGCCUGCUCCGCAGCCAACCGGGUUCCAAACGCGACGAAGGCUCCUGACUUGCAGUGCGUCACAUGUCCAGCCGGGACAGCGCCAGCCGCGACGGCUGCCUCAUCAUCCUCAUCUGCCGAUCGCUGCGAGCCCUGCCCUUCAGGGCGUUUUGCCAAAGAGGCCUCCACGCAAUGCGAGCCUUGCCCGGCGGGAGUUCCCACGUCCCGCCAUGACGGAUGCAAGGACUGCCCUCCGGGCCAGUACGCAGAAGGCGGCGCCUGCGAGCACUGCUGGUUCCCCUUCAUCUUGCAGGAUGACACCUGUAUGUGGUGGCACUUGCCGGUCAUUUUGGCCUUUUUGCUGGUGGGCUCGGGCUUCCUGUUCCUCGUACUCAGAGCCGCCAAAGCGCACCAGCAGCGUCGAAACGAGAAGCGUGGCGAAGCCGUGAACUCCGUCCUGCGAGACCUCGAGCAAGAACUCUGGAACGAGAAGGCUGACACUGUGCAAAGGUACGUCCUGGCUUUGAGCAGUUUUGGUUGGACUGAGAUGCAGGUUGACGCGAAAGCCGCGGAGAUCCGGGCCAAGCAGAGCGCCCACGCUGGCGUCAGCAUGUCCUAUUUGCUGACGGACUUCGCCCAGUUGGCCCGCGAGCGAUCAGGUGAGGAAGAUCCCACCUUCAUCCGCCUGAAAGAGGCCUUUUGGCUUGGUGACACGCCUCUUGGCAAGGAUGUCCGCUGUCCACGCGAUGGACGACCGGGCUGUGCACUGGUAGAUCUGCUUCCGCCACAACAUCGGCAGAUGCAGGACCAUUUCAUGUCCUGGAGUUGGAAGUAUUCCUUGGGGCAAGUGCAGAGCGCCUUGCGCAUGUGGCGCUCCGCUGCGCCGGGCAUCGAGGAAGCCUUUUUCUACAUGUGCUUCUUUGUCAACAACCAACAUCGCAUCAUCAUCGAGGGCAGCGCCGCCGGCAGCGACAACUUGGAUGAGGUCUUCAAGCAGAACCUGCUGCGCAUCGGCCGUGUGGUGGCCAUCUUGGAUGCGUGGCACGAGCCCGUCUACCUCAAGCGGGUUUGGACCAUCUACGAGCAGUACCUGGCAUGCUCGUUGGAGAUACCCGUGACCUUCGUGAUGCCACGGGAUGCAACGGUGUCCCUGUCCCAACAGGACGAAGAGAAGGUGAAGCAGAGCAUCGUGAGCACCGUGGGCUUCCAGCGAGUGAACCAACACGUAAAAGGCGCCAUGGUUCACUGGAUCGGUGCGGUCGUGAAGCAGAAAUUCCAAGACUUAGUGAAUCAAGCGGAGGACGAGACCUUCACCAUCUAG